AAUGUUUGUAGUGACAAAAAUUGGACAAGGCUAUUCAGCGGAGUAAUUUAAUUGUUAAAAGUGAAUAGUGUUUAAUUAGUGAAUCGAUGUGGAUAAUUGAUGGCUAUGAAGGUCUUUAAAUAACAAUAGUCAUCAUUGUAUGAAAAUGAAAUAAAAAUGAUGCAAUUAUUAAGCAACAUCCCAGGAGUCAUUAGAGUUAGAGAAUGUGAAUGUGAUGGUUGCAUAAUGAUGGACUAUGCCAAAUAGGGAAAUCUCUUAUAAUAUUUAAAGCUCAGAAAAUUUACUGAAGAAUUUUCAAGACAUUACUUUAAAUAAAUAAUCUAAAGUAACUUAUAAUUAAAAUCAUAGUAAUUUCUGAAAUCCAUAAAAAAGGUGUAGCUCAUAGAGAUUUAAAAUUAGAAAAUAUAUUAUUAGAUGAUAAUUUCAAUAUCCUUAUUUGUGAUUUUGGAUAUGCAAUUAACUUUUUAGAUGCUUAAGGGAAAAGAAAUAAGAUUAAUACGUAUUUAAUUUAAAUAAAUUUAGUUAUGUUGGAUCUCCAUCUACAGCAGCUCCAGAAAUAUUCCUUUAAUAACCUUAUCAUGGAAUAGAAGCUGAUUUAUUUUAAUUAGGAGUUAUAUUAUUUUAGAUUACUUCUGGUUUCUGUCCAUUUUAGACUGCCAACAUUAAAACAGAUUAAGUAUACUAAUUAAUUUACAGGUAUUAUUUUAAUCUAUUAAUUCUUUUAGAAAAUAACAUAAUAAGUUUUGGGAAGUACAAUAGGUUGAUUUUAGUCCUGAAUUGAAGGAUCUCAUCAUAAAAUUAUUGGCUUUCAAUCCUAACUAAAGAUUAUCAGUAUAUAUAUAUAUAACUAUUUUAUUAGAUUUCAGAAAUUGAAGCACAUCCUUGGAUACUGAAAUGUGGAGUUGAUGAUUCAUUAAUUGUUCAUGAAAUGAGUAACAGAUAUCAAUAAAUACUUUAAACAUCCGAAGAAUCAGAAAAAUGA